CUACACGCUACUGUCCCCCAGUUAGGUAACAGCUUCCCAGGUCAUUCUGUACACGCGAACGGCAGCAGAUCUUACUGCAGAUGAAAUUUGUCUUUCUUCACAGUCAGCGGUUUAGUGUCCAAAGUUAAAACACACACUGUUCAUCUUUUUAGUGGCGAUUUUUAAUCCACGUAAAAUGGUGUUUUACUUCACGAGCGCCGUGGUGAACCCUUCCUUCACGAUCUACAUGGGAAAAGACAAAUAUGAAAGCUGUUUCAUGCCUACAGAUGAGGAUCUUAUCAAGUAUGGAUGGCCCGAAGAUAUCUGGUUUCACGUGGACAAACUGUCCUCAGCUCACGUAUAUCUGAGAAUGCCAAAGGGUCAAACCAUUGAUGAUAUCCCACCAGAGGUGCUGAUAGACUGCGCACAACUGGUGAAAAACAACAGCAUCCAAGGCUGUAAGAUGAACAACAUCAAUGUGGUUUACACACCUUGGGCCAACCUGAAGAAAACAGGAGACAUGGAUGUUGGACAGAUCGGCUUUUAUCGACAGAAAGAGGUAAAGAUCGUGGCAGUGGAGAAGAAGAUCAACGAGAUAAUAAACCGUCUGGAGAAAACAAAAGCGGAACGGUUCCCUGAUCUGGCAGCAGAGAAGGAAUCGAGAGAUCGGGAGGAGAGGAACGAGAAGAAAGCUCAGCUGCAGGAGCAGAAGAGGAGAGAGAAGGAGGAGCAGAAAAGGAAAAAAGAGCAGGAGGAGCUCAGGAACUACUCGUCACUGAUGAGGACUGAAAACAUGAAGACAAAUGAGGACGGCUACGAUUCAGAUGACUUCAUGUGAGAGGAUAAAACGAGGCAAUAUAAGACAGACAGCCUGCUGUCCGGCUGCUUUAGCUUCCUGUAACAGACACUGAAAAGAUUAAAAAAAACUCAGACAAACCUUUUUGGCUUUGGGACACUCGGAGCGGAAAGUGAGACAGCGAGGGAUGGAGGCGCCAGGGCUCGUGGUUCAGAAACUGCUUUCAGACCAAACCGAGCUGAUUGACCUCCUUAUCGCAGAGAGGACACGGUGGACGAGGAAGCACGGGGCACCAGGAUUGAUGAGGGUCAUUUUAAGGGGGGAGACAUGCUCAGAUAGCAGAACAUUAUCUGAUGGAAUUUUCACUGCCUGAUGAUGUUCAUGCUCAUGAUGAUAAAACUGUCUGUGUUUGUGUGGAUGCGUUUGUUUCAUGUUGUUGCUCCCAGUCACAAUAUUUUUAUUUCCCCGCAUGACAGAUUUUAUUGAAUGCAGAUCAAUGUAUGAAUUAAAAAUCACGUUUAUUAUGAAAUCUUCUCGUGUAUUCAAAAUAGGACCAGUCAUUUCAUUUAGUUUGAGCUCUGAUGAAGAUACUAAGAAAAAACAAUAUUAAAUUUAUACAGUCUUCAUUUACAAAAGUAUAACAUAUUUUUCUUAUUUGCCAUCAUGACUGAAGUUAAAA